CCCAACUGUAUUGACAAAUUACAAAUAUACAAGAUACCUGUAUGAUGCUGCCACAAAACCGAUCUCAGGACCAGUAGAUUUCCGUCACAGCUAUGUAGACAUGCCAAAUGUCAAAGUCUCUUCACUCAACUCGACUGGAAAUAUUUCUCUUUGUAAACCCGCUAUGGGGUACAGUUUUGCAGCUGGCACGACUGAUGGUCCAGGCAUGUUUGAUUUUAAACAAGGUAAAACUUCAACAAACAUAUUCUGGAACACUGUCCGCAAUCUGCUGCAAAACCCAACAGCAGCUCAAGUUGCCUGUCAUCACCCAAAGCCCAUACUGCUUGAUACUGGCGAGACACUAAAAGCUGGUGGUUUUCCUGCUGACACCUUAUCUGUUAUUGCUGGUUUGUCCAAUGAUUAUGGCGAUUAUGUUGCAACAUAUGAAGAAUACCAGAUUCAGAGGUAUGAAGGGGCAUCUACUAUUUUUGGUCCUCGGACCCUUGAUGGAUACAUCCAGAAUUUCAAGAUUCUCGCAGAAAAUAUGGCUACGGGAGUUCCUUCAGAACCAGGUCCCAACCCACCUAACUUGCUGAGCAAACAGCUUUCAUUUCUUCCACCUGUCAUAUUUGACAGGCCUCCACUGGGCAAGCAUUUUGGAGAUGUCCUUGUGGAUUGUCAGAAGACAUAUUUUCAAAAUUCUUCAGUGAAUGUCACAUUUGUCAGUGCUAACCCUCGGAAUAGCAUAGGGCAAACUAGUAAAACAUUUCUAACUGUGGAGAUGUUGAAAAAUGAAGGUAGAUGGGAAGUAAUGGCUACAAAUGCUAACUGGGAAACAAAGUUUGAGUGGCGAAUAACCAGUAUGCUACUGGGUGAGAGUUCAGCAACCAUCACGUGGGAUAUCCCAUCCUACAUGGCUCCAGGGACCUAUGUUAUCAAAAUCUUUGGCUACAGCAAGAGUUUGUUUGGCAAGAGUUUGUCUGGAACGAUUACGCCAUUCUCAGGGAGAUCCAGUACCUUUAAUGUGCUGGCAAGCCGAGCUUAA